AUGGGCUUCGGAGCCGCCGGGUUCUUGAUGGCUGCCGUGGACGCAGCGUCGACAUUGGUCAGUGUAAAGCUGCUGGUCGAUGCUUCUAAGCCGGCUGCCAACGAUCCAGCGACUCUUGUUACCUUCACCACCGGCCAUCACAAUGACAUGAAUGGUGCAGGUGGCAAGAUCCCCCAUAUAGCUCUAUGGGAUGAUUUUGGAAAGCGCAUUGCACAAUGGCAUCCUGGCAAGAACCAAAAGAUGGCCUCUGGUGCCGACGGAGACAGGCACGGCCAGAUAAUAGUCAAACACAACCAGAAUGGGGGAAAGGGCGCAGAUCCUUUCUACAUCAUGCUGAGCAACCACGACGACGACGCCAUUUGCAUUUCGACCAUCACUGUAGCGAACAGUGCUGUGACGACCACAUUCUAUGGCUCCACCGGCAAAACCUGCGGGCAGUCAUGGUAUUACAGUGACCGGACCUUGGGAGAGACCAGAUUCACAACUCCCUGCGUCUGGCUCGAUGGCGAUCACACUGAUGGCCUGAAUGCCAAAGCCAUGAGCUUCCAUCUGAACGACUUCGCUCCCACCCAAUCCAAGAUGGAUUUGUACACGAUGUAUCCCGAAAAGGGCUACCCUUACUUGUGCAAGAGUACUCCUCGGUUUUCUUUCUGGGGCAAUCUCCUCCCAGAUGGCUGGAUCCCUUUUUUCGACCCCCCUCUGAAGUACACUUCCGACGGCGCCGAUCAAGGCUCAGACGAGGACCCCGAUAUUGCUCUUGACAAACAGACCUAUGACAAGAGCGUGUACCUACGCCAGGGCGAGAGAAAGAUCGGCCAACGAAACAUCAGACCCAGAACCAACAAGUUGAGCAAAAGACAAGGCAGCAACAUGGAUUCGGAGAGGCUGAUCGUUACCAAUAUCGAAGGGCAAACUGCGCGCGAGAUUUGCGAGGAUCCCAACUCGGUUGGCUAUGACAUUAUCUCCUACUCGGACAACAUGCGGAACUACGAGUAG